ACUAUACCGAUUUGGAAAGAACGAGGAUAUUAUAUUUAUAUUUAAUUUGACUCGUUUGAUUGAACGUUUAAUGUUUGAGUGUAACCAUCAUACCAGUUCAAAAAAGUCCCGGGCCUUGGUAAAGAGGUUCAACAGGAGUAUUAAAAACGGCCUACUAGUUAAGAGAUGGUAUGCACGCCCAGACCCGAGGUGGGAACGCUCCGGGAUUGGGGAGCCGGGAUUGGGUUGUAUUUUUGGACCGGUGUGUGUAGGGACCGGUCGCCUUGUUAGGUCUGCUCAAGUAUCUCCAACAGCAGCAACUGUCAGGAGAAGCUGACUGAAGAGGACGGGACGGGACAGGGCUGCUCUGUCUGUCCACCUUGAAGGCCAUGCAAGAUCCGUAGGCCACAACAGGACCAUAUCCAUUCACAAGAAAGAAAAGAACGUCAACUACAAAAGUAUUCUGCAACUAUUGGAAAAGGAGCAUGAGUUAUACAAAGGAACCCAGAAAGAAGACACUGGAUCCCAAGAUUAGAAGAAGCUUUUGAUCUACUAGUGAAUGUUCCUGUAAAGCGGGUCAACAUGUUCCCUCGGCCCACCUUCACGCAAGUGGUUUAAUGAACUAAAGAACCCGUUUGGAUGUCAGGCGAAGGUGAUCUAAGAUUGGCAGGUUUUUAUCUUCAGCGAGGUCAGAAGACGGAUCAGCUUCUCGGUAGGUGACCUGCAGGUUCUUGGGAGGUAUGAGUGGAGGUCGCUUUGAAUUUGAUGACGGCGGAGCUUUCUGUGGAGGUUGGGAAGGAGGUAAGGCUCACGGACAUGGGAUCUGCACUGGACCCAAAGGGCAGGGGGAAUUCUCUGGCUCCUGGAAUUACGGAUUCGAAGUGGUUGGGGUCUACACCUGGCCCAGUGGGAACACCUACGAGGGGUACUGGUCACAGGGAAAACGACACGGUCUCGGGGUAGAAACCAAGGGACACUGGAUUUACAGAGGGGAAUGGACCCAUGGCUUCAAAGGAAGAUACGGCUCGCGUCUGAGUGUUGGCAGUGGGGCCAAGUACGAGGGGACCUGGAAUAAUGGACUUCAGGAUGGAUAUGGCACAGAGACCUAUGCUGAUGGAGGCACGUUCCAGGGCCAGUUCACGGGGGGCAUGCGUCACGGCUACGGGGUCCGCCAGAGCGUCCCCUUUGGCAUGGCGGCCGUGGUGCGCUCCCCGCUCCGCACCUCGCUCACCUCCCUGCGCAGCGAGCAGAGCAACGGCGCUGUGCUGCAGCAGGACGUCCCGAUGAUCACCACCACCAACGCGGCGGGGGAGGAGACCUGCACCCCCACGCCCACACAGCUGGGGCCGUCCCGCGGCGGCUUCGCCCUCACCCUCCAGGUGGACCCCGAGGCCGUCAAGCCCAAGAAGAAGGGCCUGUUCAACAGAGGCUCCCUGCUGGGCAAGCUGAAGAAGUCGGACUCGCGCACCUCCCUGUCCAGCCAGAAGAGCAAGAUCAGCUUCCUGAGGACCGAGUCGGCGCUCAGCUCCAACAACAGCGACGCAAACUCCACCAUCAGCAUCGGGGAUGACAGCCUGGCCGGCGCCGAGGACUUCCCCCCCGUGGAGGCGGACAUCGACGCCACCACCACGGAGGUGUACAUGGGCGAGUGGAAGAACGACAAGCGCUCGGGGUACGGAAUAAGCGAGCGGUCCAGCGGGCUGAAGUACGAGGGAGAGUGGCUGAACAACCAGAGACACGGCUACGGAUGCACCAGCUUCCCCGAGGGCGGGAAGGAGGAGGGCAAGUACCUCAACAACAUGCUGGUCAAGGCCAUGAAGAAGAGGGUGAUCAACAUCAGAGGCACCAAGAUCAAGCAGAAGGUUGAGCGGGGGCUGGAGGGCGGGCAGAGGGCCGCCGCCAUCGCCAAGCAGAAGGCCGAGAUCGCGGCGUCCAGGACGUGCCACGCCAAGGCCAAGGCGGAGGGAGCAGACCAGGCGGCCAUGGCCUCCAACUCAGAGUCCAGCAUCGCCCGCCUGGUGGCCACAGAGCUGUCCCCUUCGUUUCACCAGCCAGGUCCAGAGUAUCUGAGGAAGCGCUUACUCCAGGACGGGGUUGAGGACAACGUGGACACCGACAUGCACGAGCCGCUGCUGGCCGAGGAGGAGCCCCUGCCCACGCCCCCGGAGAGCCCGUCCAUGAACGAGCUGGACCGCCUCAUGCCUGGCUCCACUCCGGCCCGCACGCCCUCCCCCAGCCCUGGCAUCACCAACAGGGAGGACCCCCUGCUGCUCCGACCAGGGAGCUGGAGCGGAGAGAAGAGCAGCAGAGGUGGAGGCAGCGCAGCCAGCAGCAGAGCCAACAGCAGAACCGCCAGCCGCCCCACCACCCCUUCGUCCUCCGCUUCUGUGCCGGCCCCGGCACCGACCUCGGCCCCCGAGGGCCCCGAGGUGGCGGCCCCCUCCGGCCCCGAGGUGGCGGCCCCCUCCGGCCCCCCGAGCCGCCAGAGCAGCGCGGGGGAGCCGGGCUCGGACCUGGAGAUCAAGCCGCUGCAGAAGUUCGACGGCGAGGAGAGCGCCGCCGAGCCCGUGGACCCCGUGGGAACCGGCCUCGUCUCCCACGACGAAGACCAAGCCGCCCAGCCCAUCGUCAAGGCUCCGCCCAAAGCUGCCGACAAGCCCGAGCCAGAACCCGCCGAGACGCCCGGCGAGCCGACCCCGCCGUCCGCCCCUCCGUCACGGGCCGCGUCCGCCCCUCCGUCCCGGGCCGCGUCCGUCCCUAGGAUCAGCGUGGAACCCAGCAGCAGAACGCCCAGCAGGACGGGCAGCCGGUCGGAGACCAAGCCAGUCGAGAGACAGGAGCCCAGUCCCGCUCCGUCUCCCACACCCAAACUUCAAGCGAAGGUUGUAGCCAAGCCGGUAGAAGCCAAGGCUGUGAUUGGCCAGCCAGCGGUGACAUCACCAGCCACGGUGGAGACCAAAGUAGAGGCCAAGCAAAAGACAGUCAUGAAGGUUCCGAGCAAAGAGAGGACUGUAGAUUCUGUGGAGUUAGAGGGUCCGAACACAAUCAUGAUCUGUAUGGUCAUCCUUCUGAACAUCGGCCUGGCCAUUCUCUUCGUACACAUCUUGUCAUGAGUCAAAAAAAAAGGUCCACUAGCAAAGUUGGAGAGGGAUGGCUUAGUCUGCCUUCUCAGUGACGACCAGCGAUCACGCAGGGAGUCGCUCUUAAAAGAAAUGCCUUAUAUGGAUGAUCACCGCUCUUCAAAGGUUCAGCUAAAGAGACAGAGGCUAACACUCUCACGAGGGAUAAAGGAGGAGCUGUUGUCCGAAUCUGAACGACAGUGGAUGAAACUCAGUUCAUGUGAAUGUGAUGCUGUAUGUAGGGGUCUCUGGGACCUGUGACUGGGAUACGGCUACGUGAUGUGUUUCAGUGAAUGCACGAGCAUGCUAUGGCUGGCAAAGAUGGCGAGUAACAGUGUGUCAACACAGUACAGGCAGCUUUGAACCAAAUCCUUUGACUGGCAGUUGCUGACCUGCUCUUUAGGCACAUAGUAGAUAGAUUAAUAAUUUGUGGAUUCCCAAAUGUUUAAACUAGAUAACUAAAUUAUUAUUGUUGUUUGCCAAUGUAUAUUUACAAUUGAUUUCUGGUUGAUUAUGGGCAAGAUAUACAAACUUAAUACUGUCCUUAGGUCUCUUGAGCUUUUCACUAUUAGUACUUAGGAACAAAGUAAAUGAUUUGGAGAAGAUAUUGUUCAAAUAGGUUGUGACAAGGAUUGAGUUUGAGAACAUGAGCAAGUAUCUCUUAUGUCACUGCUUAUUUUAAUUGUUUUGAUCUUUGUGUACAAAACACAUUAGAAUUGGAUCGUUCUGGACUUCUCACAAUUCAUUUGUAUUUCUUUGGGGAAAUUGCAAAAACACACCUUACAUUUCAAUGUUUGGAGUUGAUGAAUGAAAUAGGGUAGAAAAAAUAAUAUGAUUGGGCAUGAACGUUAUCGAGUCCUGCUUAUAAUUUUUUUAUGUAAAAACAAUGUCACAGGGCGGUUAGGUUGGAAAGGUUUUAGCGGUUGGAUGGGUAGUUAUGUUGGAUGACGGUACAGAAAAGGGUGCGAUGAUAAGAAACUGUAAAAACGGUGUUUAUUAAAGUGUAGGCAACUAUGCAUAGGUAAAAAAAAAGAAGAUUUUUGUAGGGAGGAAAUGUAAACCUAAAAAGCUAUUUAUUAAUCUUUGGAACUGAGAUUCUCAAGAUGGAGGAAAGGAAUUAUGAGCUCCACGUCUUACAGCACUGAUGCGCUCCGGACAGUUUUUAUAUUUCUCCCUGGAUCCUAAUAUUAAUGCACAAAUUCACAAUUAUUGUAAUGCAGCAAAAUAUUUCAAAUAGAAUUGUCUCUCUUGACGCUCGCACGUGAAAAUCUGGAAAACAGGAAUAGCUGUGCUUUAUUUCUUCCCAGACACCAUCAGUGCACUUGUGACCUAAACAUGUAUGAUGCAACAGGUCAGAGGCGUUCAAAAUAUGCAUUAAUUUACUUACUCGAUUUCAAGCUUCAACAAUUUAAUAAACUAUUUUACAUCCGUAAUUUGUGUAUUCGUUUUUUACAUGGGUGUAGGAUCCAUUAGUAACCGAUUUCCUUUUAGUUUCUAAAACACAUUUUGUCUGUUUGAAAUAAGGAUUGGUGCGAUUUGGUAAAAUCGCAUUUGUUGACAUGAACAUUUCCAAAAUCAAAAAAAUUCCAAAUAAGUAAAUGCUGAAGAAACACGUUACCUUGUGAAACAUUUUUUAAAUUUCCUGCAUAAAUGUUUCCAACAACCUUGGUGUUCUAUGUUACUGGCCUUAUGAUAUACCUAAAUGUUGUAUCUACGUUUCAGUUAUGACUGUCCAGUAACUGAGGAAACCAGUUCGUAUUUUUAAACCGCACCUGUCCCCUCAGUCCGACCACCAGGGGAUCCAAGCUCUAUUUAGACCUCCGCACAAUGCCUCACUUCAGAAACGGUCAGGCAGCAGGUUUUCAAACCGGUCUGAAAUGCAGCUCGACAUUGUCCCUAGUUCUUGCUUCAGAUAUAUUGUAGUUUCUAAUCAA